AGGCGCUCCUAGCAGGCAGCAUGGCGGCUGUCGAGACGCGGGUGUGCGAGACAGACGGCUGCAGCAGCGAGGCCAAGCUCCAGUGCCCCACCUGCAUCAAGCUGGGCAUCCAGGGCUCGUACUUCUGCUCUCAGGAAUGUUUUAAAGGAAGCUGGGCUACUCACAAGUUACUACAUAAGAAAGCAAAAGAUGAAAAGGCAAAGCGAGAAGUUUCUGCUUGGACCGUAGAAGGGGAUAUUAACACUGACCCAUGGGCGGGCUAUCGAUAUACUGGUAAACUCAGGCCACAUUAUCCACUGAUGCCGACAAGGCCAGUGCCAAGUUAUAUUCAAAGACCAGAUUAUGCUGAUCAUCCUUUAGGAAUGUCUGAAUCUGAACAGGCUCUUAAAGGUACUUCACAAAUUAAAUUACUCUCAUCUGAAGAUAUAGAAGGGAUGCGACUUGUAUGUAGGCUGGCUAGAGAAGUUUUGGACGUUGCUGCUGGGAUGAUUCAACCAGGUGUAACUACUGAAGAAAUAGAUCAUGCUGUACACUUGGCAUGUAUUGCAAGAAAUUGUUAUCCUUCUCCCCUGAAUUAUUAUAAUUUCCCAAAGUCUUGUUGUACCUCAGUGAAUGAAGUUAUUUGUCAUGGGAUUCCAGACAGACGGCCCUUGCAGGAAGGUGAUAUUGUUAAUGUGGACAUCACUCUUUAUCGCAACGGUUAUCACGGGGACCUGAAUGAGACAUUUUUUGUUGGAGAUGUGGACGAGGGAGCACGGAAGCUAGUCCAGACCACGUAUGAGUGCCUCAUGCAAGCCAUCGACGCAGUGAAACCUGGUGUUCGAUACAGAGAAUUGGGAAACAUUAUUCAGAAGCAUGCACAAGCAAAUGGGUUUUCAGUUGUUCGAAGCUACUGUGGACAUGGAAUCCACAAACUUUUUCAUACAGCUCCAAAUGUACCCCACUAUGCCAAAAAUAAAGCUGUUGGAGUGAUGAAAGCAGGCCAUGUAUUUACAAUUGAACCAAUGAUUUGUGAAGGUGGAUGGCAGGAUGAAACCUGGCCAGAUGGCUGGACAGCAGUGACAAGAGAUGGAAAGCGCUCUGCACAGUUCGAGCACACUCUGCUGGUCACGGACACUGGCUGUGAGAUCCUCACCCGACGGCUUGAGAGUACACGGCCUCACUUCAUGUCCCAAUUUUAAUUUCUGCCAAGAUGGCACAUCUCAAGAAUUACUUCUGCCUGUACUAUGCAUUUUAUUGAGAGUACAGAAAGCAAGAAAAAAUUUUUAUCACUUGUUUUGUUUUGACGAUAGAUAAGAAAGGACUACAGCAUUUGAUGUGUAUCCUCAAGAACUUGUCUUGGUUCUGAAAAAACUGAGAAGAAUAAAGAAAAAGAUUUUCAACCCCUUUCAGAACCCCCUUCACCCCAAGUAAUCUCUGCAGCCCCAUUUACUCAUUUGCCCUUCGAGCAC